GAUGAGGGUCCUAUACAUCUAUCUUGAAAUCUUUGUUUCAACUUUCAAUAAGACCCUUUACCAUAUAUAUAUGAGACCAAAUAUGUACGUAAAUGAAUACACAUACGUACAUGUACAUACAUAAACUUCACUAUUUGUAUCUAGAUAUCUCUAUAAUCAGUAUAUGUAUCUCUCUCUAUAUAUAGAAUGAGUAAGAGAGAGAGAGAAGGGCUGAAUAAGGGGGAGAGGGGCAACGUGUCUGUGUUUGAGAGGAUCCAAUUUGAUCUUUUGUUUCAAAGAGAUGGUUGAUAACAUUAGAGGUAGCCCUGAUUCAGAUGUUAACAAGUACAAAUUUGCAGGUGGUGGUGACAACUCAGUAGAUGAUGGUUACAUCAAGGAGCAAGAUCGCCUUCUCCCAAUCGCGAAUGUAGGGAGGAUUAUGAAGCAAAUCCUUCCAUCGAACGCGAAAAUCUCGAAAGAAGCUAAAGAAACUAUGCAAGAAUGUGUUUCAGAGUUCAUUAGCUUUGUUACAGGUGAAGCAUCUGACAAGUGUCAUAAGGAGAAGCGAAAGACCGUUAACGGAGACGACAUUUGUUGGGCUCUCGGGGCAUUAGGUUUCGAUGAUUACGUUGAACCAUUAAAAAGGUAUUUGCAUACAUAUAGGGAAUUAGAAGGUGAGAAGGCUAAUCAGACUAAGGCUGGCAAUAUAGAUGACAAAGAUGAUCAAUCAAGGCAACAAGCUUUAGGUUCUUCACCUCUCAAGUUCAGUAUGAUUGACAAGAGUAAUGGUGGCUCCAUCUCUAGGCCAUUUUAAGAUCUUCAAAAGAAAUGAUGUUGUAAUUUCAUGAUAUCUAGGUCUAGGUCAUGAAAAUGCUGAUGACGAUCAAGGUUUUUCAUAAGGGUUUUAUAAUUUUGUGUAAGAUUACAGAUGUUUGUUUGUUUGUUUUGAUUACUGAUUUACUAGCUAGCUAGUUAUGUGCUUACAGAUUAUGCCUGAUUACUUUUUGUACUUUCUCCUUAAUCAAAUUAUGUUUUGAAAGGGAGUUUUGAAGAAUGAUGAACCAGCUGCAGUGUAUUGUAUCUUCACUGAUUUUGGAUUAAGCAUGAAACUUAAUUAGGGUUUUAUUUGAGUUCUUAA